AUGAUUCGACCUGCACAAAACCUCAUUGCCAAAGCAUUCGGCCAGCUUGCGAAGGCGCAAUAUGCGACCUCAGCGGGACAUCAAGCCAGCUUCGUGUGGAAGAUGCCGUGGCAGCAAUGUUCAAUAUUCGAAACAAAAAAGGACACCGGCAGCCCGCAUCAGCCACGCGCAGCACGUGAUGAGAUUAGGAAGCAAGCCAAUCGUUCACCACCCGCGCAAAGCAAUGCAUCGGACCACGACGAGACCCAGUACAUUCACCAAAUCUUCCGCAAACAGGCACUGCCGAAAUGGAAUGCGAGCGUCUACGUAAAGGCGUUGCAGAAUUUUGCCUAUCUGCAGCCACAGCAGGUUGAUAAAGCCGCAGACGUGGUUGCGCAACUGGUCAGAACUAUUGCGCAAAACAUAAAUGGGCUCAAUAACUACGAAAUCACGCGGAUUAUUUUCGCAUGCUCCAAGGGCAGACUGCUGCAGAACACGUAUAUCACGAGGUCAUUCGUUAGGCUACUGGAAAACGAAGUCAUGCAACGGCUGGACACACUGUACGCGAUUGACCUAUUUCGCAUAUUGCACUCCGUCACGCAUAUCAACGCCGACUCGGCCAUGUGUCCUGUGGAGCCUAUAUACAGCUUCGCCGAACCAGACGAUAUGCCAUUCGACCCGAGCAUGGUUAAGCAUAUCAUUGGUCGCAUCGUGGACAGAAUCGCAAACCUAGGAGCCAUGGACAUCGCAAACCUGACGUGUCUAAUCGCAUACAACGGAAUGGAGGACGACAAAAUACUGCGAAGACUCAACAGUGCCAUCAGGAGGAGGCUGUGGGGAACUAAGGACACGAUAAAGGUGCUCACGCCGAUUAUAGCCCUUGCUAUGUUCGGUGACUUAUCCACGGACACUGCAGUAGGUGUUUUGAGCCGUCUAGUGAACGCUGAGCAGAACUGUGCUCUCAAGGCAAUGCGCUCCAUUUCCACGCUGCCGGUGUAUGGACUGAAGAACCCGGCUGCCAGGGAAAACUGGAAGAUAUUGCAGGUGGUGAAUAACCAGUUGUACCCCUUGAAACUGCUAGAAAUGACUCUGCGAGUCGAUUACCAGCAGGUUUACCAUUCAAUCGACGCCGACAAUCGGGCAUACCUAGAGCAAAUUCGAUACCUUAUGCCGACGCUGGUUAAUGCAGAUGACUGGGACUACGUAAAAAUCACCGACACACCAGAGCGUCCCAACGCAAACACGCAGCAGAAGCACACGGACCUCAACUUGGUUGCGCAUAUAUACGGGCCAUACGUCCUAAGGGAGUGCGACCCAGUUCGUAAAGUGGUCGUGCAAGACCAGGUGGCUUGGAAGAACAUGAACUCGUGGCAGCGGUUCUACGUCCACCACUACCACAAAAUGCAGCAGAGGCAUCUGGAGCACUCCGGGUUCAAAAUCGUAUGUAACACUGCCGAUUAA